UGUCAAAAAUUAAAAAGUUACAAGUUUUAUGAAGGAAAAAUUUCUUUUUACGGACAUAAAUAAGUAUUUGUUUAUCGACUUAACUUUAAAAAUGUACAAAUUUUGUGUAUUGAUUAUAUAAUGGCGCCUCAUUUUCAAACCAUGUAAACUAUUUUAAUAUAUAACGCUAUCUAUAUACUAAAUUACAUUCCCAAUCAAUGAUCUGAAUCAUAAUGAAAGUGUACGUAGAAUAACUAGAAAUAGUUGAAGUGUGAAGUACUGGCCUAUAGAAGUGUAAUUAUUUGUAAGAUCACGCCGCACCUUUUUUGAAAUGGCUGAAAAUUCUUUUGUUGCGAAGCCGGCAAGAGGAUGGCUACAUCCAGACUCGAUCCUCGCCACAGAUGGAAUAACUUAUGCUGUCAGAUACAUAGGAUGUAUGGAAGUAUUAACGUCGAUGAAAAAAUUGGAUUUCGAUACAAGAUCUCAAGUUGCAAAGGAAUGUAUUGCCCGAGUUUGUGCUGCAGCAGGUCUAAGAUCAGCUGAUAAAAAACGUCGAAUUAGCCAAGCUGCAGCCUGUGCACUGGCCGCCAAGCCACGGAUGUCACAUUCCGGUUCAAAUGUUGCCCUUACAAUAUCUUCAAAAGCUAUAACCAUAGCUGCUCUUGAAGGUGGAGAAACAAUCGCACGUCAUGAUAUGCCGAGGGUAUCGUUUGCUUCUGGCGGUGAUUCUGAUUCAUUGGACUUUGUUGCAUAUGUAGCGAAGACAGCGCCACCCACCGAGUGGAGAGCUUGUUAUGUACUAGAAUGUGGUGGCAUGUUGGCCCAAGAUGUAAUUUCUACUGUCGGACAAGCAUUUGAGUUGCGGUUCAAAGAGUUUUUAACAAAACCUUCAUCGGUGAACGUAAACGGUUCUCGUGCGCUGUGCACGGAAGAAGCGGUGAAGGGCGCAAGCGGGGUCGUGUUGGAGGAGCGCGACUACUAUAACGACUUACCCGACAAGAUCCCUCCCGAGGCCACGCCCUCCUACCGACACCCCCCUCCGCCGCCGCUAGCCUCCCUCGCCUCCCUCGCGCCAAUAUCCUCUUGUGAGGAGAGUGUGCGGCACUACGUGAACCAGACUCCGCCGCCGCGCACUCCGCCCACCGCGCUGCUGCCCAAUCACAACACUGAUAUAUUUGAUAUGCAGCCAUUCACAGCUGCGCCGAUGACGUCACCAUCGUCGUCGUCGCCGUCAUGGUCGUGCGGCGGGGCGGGGGCGGGGUCGGUGUUGGGGCCGGGCAUACCGGUGUCGGAGGCGACGGGCGAGCCGCUGUCGAGUGCCGCGCAGGCCGCACUGCUCGCCGCCGAGCCCUGGUUCCAUGGACCCAUAUCCAGGACAACAGCCGAAAAGCUGGUUGUGGAGGACGGGGAGUUCCUGGUGCGGGAGUCAGCGGCGUGCCCCGGACAGUUUGUACUGACGGGCGCACGACGCGGACACCACAAGCACCUCCUGCUCGUCGACCCCAAUGGAGUCGUACGAACGAAAGACCGUAUAUUCGAGAGCGUGCCGCACCUGAUCAACUUCCACUGCAGCAACGAGCUGCCCAUCGUGUCUGCUGACUCCGCGCUGCUGCUGCGCCGCCCCGUGCCGCGCCCCGACCCCUGAGUGUACCGCUUCACCCCCGUAUUAUGCCCCUGAGUGUACCGCUUCACCCCCGUAUUAUGCCCCUGAGUGUACCGCUUCACCCCCGUGUUA